AGCACCGCACAGUGGGAAGCCGGCCAGUAACCUCACCCCUUAAUGAUGCAAAGGUUGAAUGUAUUAUUCAGGAGACACUGAAUGAGGAUGGGUCACAACGUGAAUGUGGCCUACAGCUAGCAGAGGAACUUGAUGAAGUGCAAAGACAUCAGGGUCUGCUCAAGGAGCUGCAGAAGCUGGCUGUGGAUGAGAGAGAAAAGGAACGAGAGGAUGCAAGGGAGCGAUAUGAAUACAACCUGGCUGAUGAUGAGAGUGAUUUUGAGCAGCAGGAUGAGGAUGCGAAGGAGGAGAAAGACUUGACCAAGUUUGCAAAAAAGACAGAGGAAAAGAAAGAAGAGAAGACAGAGGAAGAUGAUACCAAGCAGAAGAUGAUGGAGGAGCCAAGGAUUGAAGACAGAGGGAGGGACGAGGAAGAGGAGAGAGCCAAGGAGCUUGAGGAGCUGCUAGCUGAAGAGAUCAGUAAGAAAGGGAAGGAGGAGAGGAAUGACGAAGAGCUCAAAGAACUACUAAAAGAACUAAAGAAGAAACGCUACGAGGCAGUAAAAGAGAGGGAGACCCAGAAAGGCUCUGGAGCUGAUCAGAAAGAAGAUGUGGAGUCAACAAAGGAGAAGGUGGACACAGAGAGGAAAGGAGAGACAGAGGAGGACUUGGAGAAGCAGAGGAUGGAGGAGAGGAGGAAGAAUGAGGUGGAGCUGAUGGUGGAGAAGGAGAAGGUGGAGAAGGAGCUGAAGGAGCUGCUCAAAGAGCAGGACAGCAAGAGCAAGCCAGAGCAGGAGAGAGAGAGGAAGGAGAAGCAGGAGGAGCUGGACGAACUUGUCAGGAAGAUGAAACGGGUGCAGGAAGAGGAGGGGCAGGAGAAGCAGGACUGGAAGAAAGAGGACAGUGUGGAUAAACAAACAGGGGAGGAGGAGAAGAGCGAGAAGAAGGGGGUUGAAGAAGACAAGGAACCUGAUGAGAAAACAGAGAAUGAAGUCAAGAAGAAAGAGGAGGCGGCAGAGGUGAAGGAGCCGCAACAGAAGAGAGUGAUGGAGAAAGCGAGUGAUGAAGCCACGCAGCAGUUUGAGCGGGAGCGGUACAAGGAUGAGGAAGAGGGGGGAGAGGAAGAUGAGGAUGAAUUUGUCAGAGAGGAUGAGGAGGGGCAAGAGGAGGAAGAUGAUGAUGAGGAGGAUGAUGCCGAAGAAGAUGAAGGGGAGGAGCUGCUGGAAAUUGAAGCAGAGUUGCGCAAAGUCGCUGCUGAGCUGAGGGAGCUUCGUAGAGGAUAAGACACUCAAAUACACACACACACACACACACACACACACACACACACAGCAGACUAACGAAACCCUUUGUUGCAUUCACAGUCACACAUUCAGCUCACACAUUUUCCAUUUAACCGCCUUCAAAACCCCACAGCACAGAAAUGUCUUCAGAUGUGAAUGAGUAACUGGGCAUCAGUAGAAACUCUACAUACUGCUGUGUUUAUUUUCGCUUAGAUUGCCUGGAGAGGCCUGCCACCAUUUCCUUGAUGCUCAUUUGAGUGCACCUCAGUGUUGAGAAAAAAGAGAUGCAUUUUUCUACAGCAUCUUAAAGAUGUUUGUGUCUAUUUCCACUCGUGUCCCUGUCAUAUAACUUGUAAAAUGUUGUUUGUACGAUAGACAGGUGAUUUCACUUCAGUUGUAAACUGCCAUAGAUGCAAAGCAUUCAGUGAUUUUAUUCAAAUAUUAUUUUUGACUUCAGAUUGCCAGUAACACAAACACCAUCAUCCCUGAAAUCUGAGUCAUGAAUACUGGCAAGCACUGCUUCUUUUCUCUGAAGGUAUAGUCUUGAUGGUGUGUUCUUGGUUGGACCAUCAGAUUCUCUACUGUAAGUAAUAUGUGUAUUUCAGUAUAUAUUUUGUGCAAUAAUUGAUAACUGUGUGUAAGCUGUUCCUACUGUUCUGACUGUUAGCAAUAUGCAUUAUUACACAGGAGUAAGUCAUCAUUUUCUCUCUGUUUCUUUGAUGAUAAAGUAGAAACGAGGAAUGUGUUUCAUUUGGCUCACACACUGUUAAAACCAGACUGUUUGUGACGAACCAGGGUGACACAAACAAAACACGGAGGAGUUGAUUAGCACUGAAAUUCUGCAACGUGUAUCGGAUGCUAAGUUUGUCUUGAGCGUGGUUACUGUAUGGCGACAGUAUGUGAUGUACUUAGAGCUUACAAGGUCUAAAAGUGUCACUUCAGGUUCUCAGCCAGCUUUGCACUCUUUAUCUUAACAAGCCAAGGAGGAGUGGAGGGAAGAAGGAAACACUAAAGCCAUGUUGUUGUCUUUUGGUAACAAAAACAUUGAUAAAUGCUCAGUAGUGGUAGAUCACAGUUUCCAUGGCUGUCAUGUCAUUUGUGUAAAUAUCAGAUAUCAUGGUCUGUAAGCCAAGGUCACAGGAUAUAUGAAGCAACACCGCCCCCAAGAGGACACUAGGUAGACAUGCAUGCAGUGCAGGAUUUACAGGGUUACCAGUGGAGGCCCACUUACUGCAAUAACACAAUAUAGACUACAGCACAUGUGAAUGCAAUAAUUAGCCAAAAAAUUAAUUAUUUAAUGUAUUUCAAUAUCUAUUCAAAAUGCAUCAUAUAACAGGUAUAACCUCUCUUUUUCUACACAGCCAAGAUUUACAAAACAUUUAUGUAUUUGAAGACUGGAAAAGCAGUCUGUUAACCUGUUAAACACAUGGUAAUAACACACAAUAAAACAACAUUGAUGAGCUCAUUAUUGUCUAUUCCAAAGAUGAGAUGUUUGUUCACUUGAGAAUAUAUUAACAAUAAUGUACUGUAGGUUUCUUUUUCUAUAGAAGUGCAAAAUGUUUCCACAAAAUGUAUACUAUAAACCAGCAAAGAAGAUGUAGAAAAUGUCUGUGGGGGGGUGAUAUAAGGGCAUAGUGGACAUUUCGUACAAAAGGGGAAAGAAAACAGAUACAACAAAACACCAUUUGUAAUUUUACUGGCCAAUCAGAGUGCUGUAUUUUGUGCCUGCUGUAUCUUCUUCUAUGCUUCCUGUUAAUCAAUAAACGGAAAGUGUAUUAAACCAUUAUGUGUGGUCUGUUUGGUUUGUCCGCUUGCGAACAGAGCAGAAUCACUUAACAGCACAUUAUUAGAGACAUUAGAGACACAUAC